ACUCGAGUAGAUUCGCUACGUAUCAGCAUUGUGUGGGAAGACUGCAUAUAUCUCACAGACGUCUUGCUAGUAGGUCUGGUGCCUGGAUUUCGACAAAGCGGGGUUGUCGCGAGAAACCGCAAACUAUGAAGGCUCACACAGGAACAAGCGGCCAUGUUUUGAUGUUUUGUUUGUUGCUAACAGCGGCUUUUUCCGUGAGCCUAUCACAAAUUGAACGGAAGCCAGAAUAUGCAGAAUACCAAGACGCCUGGAAGGCGCUAAAAGUGCCCGGAAAGUACUAUCUCUACAUGAGGUCAUACGAGUACGAGCCAUAUUACAAUGAAAAGAAAUGCGUUUACAAUGAACUGCUUUCUGUAAAUGAAGAGGACCAGUACACCGUCAACGCCGUUGGAGACAUCGAUCCAUUUACCCUUGCAAAGAGCAACAGAACAGCAUACGCAUGGGUUCGAGCCACUGAAGGGUAUCCUGUUCCUGACGUCAUCCAGACUUCCACUUCCCCGUCACGGGAGAAAUUCGUGGAGUAUCCUGUCGCCUUCACGGAGUACAACAACUGUGAAGUACUCAGAGUUCCACACAGGAAUAACGGCUGCGAACUCUGGGCCAAAGCGGGAGAAGUGCACAAGAUUGAAUCCCUUUGCUUUUUCGCAUUCCACUUACUUUGUGGGCCGGAGAAAUAUAUGGUGUACGAUAAAGACCUAUGCGAAUUAUAAUAAAAAGGUUUUUUUUCCAGUGA